UUUUCUACAUCUUAAUUUUAUAGAAAUUCUUUUUUUAGAAGCUGGAAUACCUUCGGAAAAUGCAACAACUGUUAAGCCUGAACCAAAAACUCUUCAAUAUGAACUUCUCCAUAAUGUUGGACGUUCUGCUGGUUCAGAUUCAGUAAUUCGACAAUGGGAUAUUUUGGCAAAACAAGGUUUAAAUGAUCCAUUUCUUCGUUGUUUAGAACAUCAUUGUGAUUGGGUUAAUGAUAUUGUUCUUUGUAGUGGUGGAAGUAGACGUUGUAAUUUCUGCAUCCUCCGACACAACAGUAAAAGUUUGGGAAAAAAGUAAAAAAGGGAACUCGUCUUUCAACGUUAAAAACACACAAGGAUUGUGUUCGUUGUUUGGCCUAUUCUCGUGA